AGAAGAGCGCAGAGCAUAUUAAAAAAUCGAAUAUGGCUGCCGUGCGAGUGUCGGAAAAUUUUGCAACUAUCGUCCAAAUCUGUUCCAUUCGGGUGCAAAACGCGUCGUAAUUCGCCUUUCGAGUCCGUGUUUUUCAAGUGCAAACUUUGAAGAUUUCGGUGGUGCUGAAAUUUUCAACCAGAACCCACCUGGAGGUACCGAAAAGUGUGUUUAAUCCUUCGGGGCUCGCUAGCAGGAAUUCAGUAGUAUUCUAUAGGUUGCCGUGAAUUUUGUGCUGAUUGUCGCGAAUCUUUUGCAGUUUUGUGGAUUUGUUCGGGUGUUGGAAAGUUCCUAUUGCAAAGGUUCGGUCCAGUGUGGCUAGCUGGAGCCCAUUCCGGAAUCCGGAAAACGCCCCCGUCAAACGGAAUCGUUCAUAAAAAACGGAACCGUCUGGAAGAAGAGGCAAAGAGGGUGAUUUCCUUUUUGCUGGGAGAGAGCAAGCAGCCAAGUGGACAGUGAGAAUCUGUUAUGUUGUAUCGUGGUGUCCGGAUUGUCCGGAAGAAAGAAAGCCAGUUCCGAUAGUUGGGAAAUCUAGAUAUAAUUUACGAAUGCGAUUUUGGAAAAUAUUCUAGUGUGAAUAUUAAAUAUCGAAUAUUGUGUCUCGCCCCAAAGGGUAAAGUGUAGUCAUCAGCAAAACAAUUUUCUGGCACAAAGAUAAGCUGCGGUAUGAAGUUGCGAUUGAAAAAAAAUGUGAAUGCGUGUAUGAAUCGAAUAAAUGUGUAAAGAAGAACAACAAUCAUACUUGAAAGAAUCCUGAGGAAGCAGAAAUCAAGAAAUAAUAAUUAUUUAAAAUAUAUCGCAAGUGCUCAUCUGAGAAACGGCAGCAAAAAAAGUCCAAUAAGCUGAAAAUUGUGCAAGUGUGAAAGAGUUCGCCAGGAUCGCCGUGUGCUAAAGUAAGAAAGGGAUAACGUGUUUUGACAGUUCUCCUUUGUUCGGCCUUUCGGUGCGAUGUUGUUUACGUGAGCAAGAGAGUGGAGUGUGUUUGGCCUUUGCGCGGAAGCUGAUAACAACAAAUAACAACAAAAACAAAUCGGCGAAAAACGGGAGCGAGAAGCGCGAUAAAGAAUCCCGAGAGAGCGUGAGAGCCAAACAUUCGGAAACGCGUGUUUUGUUUCGCGAGAGAGAAGAACACCCGUGGAAACGUCAAAAUCGAAUCGGAGAUCCAAAAGUGAUAAAUAAAAAAAAAGAGGAAGAAGCUGAAUCGCACACAGGAAGAAGAUUCGCAACAUCAAUAAAGAAGCGGAUUCGCGGUGUGUUUCGAUUUUUGUGUGCAAGUUUUUCCCGUUCGAUUGUGGAGUGAAGUUUUUCCAUCGUUUUGGUAAAACACAAAAGCAGAUUGCACAAAUCAGUUCGGAUACCUAACUUAAUCCCAUUUGGCGAAUUGGUUAAUUUUGUUGGCCAGUAACACGAAACUCGGUGGAAAUCCAACAAUCGAAGGAUCCGCAUCUGCACCGACCAACUGUUUGUACGGCUGCGUUUGGCUCGGGAUAUCCCAGGAGCCUAUUCUUAGUGUUAAAAAGUUCUCUUGUGCGCGUGUGAGUGUGAAAGGUCCGUUUGCGGAUUUUUUCGCACCCUUUCUCGAGUGAUAAUUUUUUCUUCACAUCAGUUUACCAAAAAAGUCGGAACCAUUCCGAAAAAUAAGAAAAAAGUGAUGGCUGAGAAUUCAAUCAGCUCCAACAGUGGUUUACCCUCACAAGUGCCGCCCCAUCAAAAGACAGCAGCCAGUGGUGGGGGCGGAGGGGGAGGAGGGUUGCAUCACACCAAAUCAUCUGGGGAGAUGAGCAGUGGCGGAGGAGGGACCUCGGGGAAGUCAAAGCAUGCAAAUGUCAUUCACCGAACCACAAGCGAAAGUUUGCGGUUAGGUGGAGGAGUGGGUUCAGCGAAUUCAGUGGAAAAUUCGAUCAGCUCUUCGGGUCCGCCCACCUCGCUGAAUUCUUCGACAUCGGUUAAUAGUAUUUCACGGAAAGGAGGCGUGGGAGGGUCGGCUGCUGUUGCUGCAGCUGCUGCAGCCGCUGCGGCAGCUGGUAAAACGUCUUCAUUCAUGAUCACAUCGGUGACUGUUGGGGCUCGAACCAGUGCCGACAAUGGGGAUGAUUCAGCGGAUGAUCUGGACGAGUCUCACACGGAUGAUAACAGCCGGAUAACAGAUUUCGAGAACGAAACUCCAUCGUUUUCGGAGGAUACCUUCAGUAAGGAGGAUGUAUUUUUUGCGUCUUCGAGCGCAAUCGGAAGUGUUCCAGUCAUUCCGACAAGUUCUCAGUAUGGUUUGGCCAUUGUGGCACCGACAGAUCGUGCCCAUGGUGCUGAGGCUCUGGCUGAUGCAAUGCAUGUUAGCGUCACAGAUGCUGGUAUAAAUAUUAUGGGUCACAGUAAGGAUGAUGGCAAGGAAAUCCAUCAUCGGAACGAACGUUUCAAAGUGGUGAAAAUUGAAAGUACUGAACCGUUUAAGAGAGGUCGUUGGGUUUGUAUGGACUAUUUGGAUCACACUACGCUGCAGGCGUCUCCAAAGGAGGGUGGGGCCGGUCCAGGAGGGGAAGGAGAAGCUUCGACCGCAUCGACGAUUGUUGAUUCGAAUGCCAUCCGAACUCAGGACAGUGGCGUUGUUAUGAAUGACACCUAUUCCUCAGCAACGGCUCCAACUACGAUUACUUCCGAUGGCGAUACUUCUGAUUAUCAUACUCAUCUAGCUGCCAGUGUUCCAACUAAUCCAAUCGUUGGCCUACUAAACAAUGAAUCUCCUGGUCAAAGUCUCAACUUAGCACAGCCAACGACCAUCGGCGGAACAAGCGCUGGUGUACCGAUAUCUCAAUCUCAACAAGCUAGUCAUGCUCAAACAGGUACAGUUCCCCACAGCUUGCCCCAAUCGCAACUACAGAAUGCCCUGGCCGGUGUCGGAGCUUCAGGCACUGGAACGAAUCAAACGACGCCAGCUAUGAAUGCUCAGCCCCAGACCCAACAACAGCAGACACCUUACUAUCCCCAUACGAUGUCCAACAUCGCCGAGAUCACACAACAGACUCACCAGCAUCAUCAACACGGAGUAACUCUACCGACCAGCAUUCAAAUGCAUCCCCAACAGAGCAGCAGUGCUAGUUCAGUUUCGUCCAAUGUACUUCCAGGAGGAGUUGGAGUGACUGCAACCACUUCACAAGAAAUGAACAUUGUCAUCAAUAAUCCUCAACAUACAUCCCAACAGCAGGCAACGAGCUUCCCAUCUCCUCAACAGUUCCAACCUCAGCAACCUUCCCAAACUAAUUCUCCCGUUGUGGCCAGUAUCGGGGAACCGAUGAUCCCGGAAGCAACAAUCCUUUCGCCUUCUUCUUCAAUGACUGGUGCUGGAACGAAUGUUCCCUCUUCUCAACAACAACAACAGGUCACCGAUACAGUCAGUUCUGUAUCGGCUGCUACCUCAGACCCCAUGGUAUCAUCCUCGCCAUCGGCAACCUCAUCUCCGGUCACGGCCACUGCUGCCGGUGCCGUGAGCGAUGGGGCAAAUUCCACCCCCACUUCGGCUGUGGCCCCGCCAACCGCUGUCAGUUCCCCCUCGAUAACGGCAACAUCUACGACGACCACAACCAACAGCAACAGUGCUAGCAUGAGUGCUGCCGCUGCGGCUGCCGUUUUUGCGGCCACCGAUCACCUCACGGAAUCGAAUCUACUCUCGGCAGUAUCCGGUAUUACUGCGGCUGCCGUUGCUGCGGCCAGCGGCGAAGAAGGCGAAAAGACCGGCGAGGAUGGAGAAAGAUCUGGCCAGUAUGACCCAAAGCAGGCCCCCGUGGACUCCUGGUCUGGACCUUUGGGCGAGCUAAAGGAAUCUAGGACUGGGAAGCCCUUCUCGCUGACCAGUAGCCUGCGAAAGGGUUUGAAUGAAAAUCUGCCCCUGGAUAAGAGCAGAGCUCAAGCCAGUAGCAGUGCUGCCACUACCGGUGGAAAGAACAACAUCUAUACCGACAUAGCACUCGGAAAGACGAUUCAAAACUUGAUGCGACCUUCUCCGGGAGGAAAGUCGUCCCCGGAUCAGAAGGGGGAAACGCUCUGUAAGACGGCUUGCAACUUCCUGAAAAACAACAAUCAAAGUCACAGUAUCGCAACUUGCACUGCUCUGUAUCCGCACCGAUGUGUUCAGGAUUUGAUCAAGGAAGAGCUGGGCCCCGUCAGUAUGGGUUCCCUGACACGAAGUCCCGGAUUCGGAAGCCUUAGCAAUGCCGGCAGUCUAGUCAACAUACACAUCGAAUCGGAACUGCAAAGCGUUCCCAGUAGUGGAUUCCAGUCGCAUCCGGGUUCCGGUAGGUCCAGCCCGGCCCAGCAAAUGUUCCACCAAGGGUCUCCUCCGAAGCACCUCAGUGCCAUUGGGAACUCGAUCAGCAUUCCGAGCAGUGCCCGGGUCAGUCGGGCGCCAAGUCCCUCGUUCCUGCAGGCGGCCACUGGAGGAGAGCACUCAAGUGCAUCUGGGACAAGUGCCGUUGCAAUUGACAACAAGAUUGAGCAAGCUAUGGAUCUGGUCAAAUCCCACCUGAUGUUUGCGGUCCGCGAGGAGGUCGAAGUGCUAAAGGAAAAAAUCUCCGAACUGAUGGACCGCAUCAACCAGCUGGAGUACGAGAACGGUAUUCUCAAGGCGAAUGCCUCCCAGGAGACUCUGUCCCAGCUGACGCCGACGAGCGUGGUGGCAAGUGUGGCAGCGGCCGUCGCAAACAGCACAUCCUCGGCUGGAUCCGCCACCUCAGCAGCAGCAUCAGCAACCUCGGCAUCCAACUCAGCGCCCAGCUCAGCCGCCAAAGUUCCUCCCACGAGCAGCCAGCAGCAAUCGUCCCAGGCCAACAAUCCGAGCUCGAAUGGUUCCGUUUCCUAGGCCGCAGCCCUGCUGCUUGUUCUAUUCCAGCAACAGCAACAACAGCUACAAUUUCAACAACAACAAGGCCAACAUGGCCAACAACAACCCAACCACUCGCUACUAGCUGCUCGUUAUGAUAAUACUAACAAUAGUACUAAGUCCAGUACUAACAGCAACAACAACAACAACAAUCGUCGCGGCAGAGACGACAGCAAAUAAGGGGACGAUCGAUCGACGGCUGAGAAGACGACGGAGACGAAGGACGGUCUGUUCCGGGAUGAACAGUUUGUCAAACCCCCAGGCGGCCUCACCGGCCCUGGAUACUCUCUAUAGUAGUUCGCGAAGCAAGCAAGCAAGCACUGGACAUGCAAUCUGCCGACACCGUUGAUGAAGUUACUCCUAGACGCAGUUCUUUUUAUCAGCACCUAUCGCUUGGGAUGAAAGAAAGAAAUUUAGAAAUAAAAUGCUAAGCAAAAAUUAUCAGUAUCAGUAAUAACACCACGCAAGAAAUUUUCCAAACCAUCAUGAUUCAAGAAAAGUGUUACUACCACAAUCGAUUAAAGCCCAGACAUAGAGAGAGGUAAAUAUUUGUUAUUUUACGUUUCUUAAUGUAAGGAAAAACAAACAUAAACAGUUGAUAUAGCAGGAGAUAAAUUAAAAAUACAGCAAUCAAAUUAUAAGUAGACAGUUGGACAUGAGCCAUGGUCGCUGCAUGUCAGCGCGUAAAUAUCGUUCUGAACCUAUAAGUGAACUAGAAGAUACAACGUACUCGUAAAGAGUCUAUCCACUGAUGAAUCAUAAAAUUCCCAGAACAAGAUUUUGUCUCAAAAUUAAGUUUAGAAUUAUUCAUAAUACCUAUUUAACAUUUACUUAUCAUGUUUAACUCAAUAUCAUUUGAAAAUUAAGCUUGUUCAUGCUUAAGGAAUAAUCGUAAAAUAUCUGGUUCCAAUUUUUGUGGAAUUUUAAGAUUAAAAUUUUGUUUUAUCAUUUUAUGAUUUUUAAUUUUCAACAUCGUAGUGAAUGACAACAGCUAUCAACCAAUAUUUUUCAAAUAAUAAUAAUUGUGAAACAUAUUUGGAUAUGUUUCAUUUUGUAGAAGAUAUUUUUUAAGCAAUAACCUCAGAUUGGUUCCCUCAAAUUAAUUUUCCAAUUGGGUUCAAAAAUAUUAUUGGUCCUACCAGAUUCCCGUUUAAAAAUUCAAAGGUUUGUCCUCAGUUUCGCAUAAUUGAGCUCAGCCUUUUUUUCAAAUUCAAUUCCUGUUUUAUUAUGCAUCUUCUAACUUGGGUAGAAUCGACACACUCCAAGCGUAGCCGAUAGGGCUUUGGAAAAUAUUCUUGCGUAACCAGAAGGGUACAGAAAACUAUCUCUAGCACACAGCCCAAAAUUUCUUUUCGUUUCAGAAAUACCAGAAAAUAAAUAUCUUAUUAGAAACAUACAGUUUUCUACAUGAAAUAAAAAAAAACAAAA